CGCCUCUGGAUUCAUCCAUUUGUGUUGUUGAUGUUGAUUCAGUGAAAUUUUAUUUUGGGCUAAUUUCCUGUGAAUGUAUGAUAGCUGUUUUACAUUUUGGGGGCAGUGUUAGGUUCCUUAAGUUAACCCCUCUUCACGAGUUAUUAUUAUAACUUGAUAUUCACUGUCAUGGAGAAAGUAAGAAGAAUCCUGGUGCAUUUAUCGAAAGAAAGCACAGCUCCACACUGUGCCCAGUUUGUUCAGAGCAUUACUGGAUACUUUGCUGGACAUUUUAGCGACCAAGUAACUGUGAAUUGUUCCCUGGAAAACAACCGGUUUGUUUUGUGUGAAGGAAGUCCUGAGAGGGGCGUGCCUCUUAAGAGGCCGCUGUUCUGCCCAAUCAAAUUGCUCUCUGCUUCAGAGGCGGCGUCACUUAAUCCAGACACUCUCAGUAGAGGGGUGGAUGUGGGCGUGGCCAUACUGCUCCAGUCAGCCAAUGAGAGGCUGUUGCUGACCAGACGAGCUCAUGCCCUGAGGAUUUUUCCCAAUGUGUGGGUCCCACCUGGUGGCCACGUGGAACUGGAUGAAAAGCUGUUGGAUGCAGGCCUGCGGGAGCUAAGGGAGGAAACUGGACUUAAACUGGACCCUGAGGACAUCUCCUCCUCUCAGCUGCUGGGCCUCUGGGAGUCAGUAUACCCACCCAUGCUGUCCCGAGGACUGCCCCAGAGACAUCACAUUGUCACCUACAUGCUACUUUGCAGUAAUCAGACACACCUCCAGCUACAGUCCUGUAUGAGGCCAGACCCUGCUGAGGUGAGUGCUUGUGUUUGGGUUGAUGCAGGACUGGUCAGGGCUAUCGUAUCUGCUGUGGAUGGGGAGGAAAAGUCUUUUCGUGUACCUGCCGAUCUUCCUCAAUCUGUCAGUGUUACUGAGGUGUCUCGUGAGGGGGAGCUGAGCGAGUCCACAUUGCCCGUGUCAGUGUUAUGUAACCGGGCUCCGGCUGAGGGCGAGGAUGUGGAGCGGGUUAGCACCGGAACCAAGUACGCCUUAGAGCUCUGGCUGAGUACCCUGGCAGCGAGCUGUGAGAACGACUAACUGCAGCAGAUGCUUUCUCACUCUCAUGCCUGAUCUGCGGACCCCAGAUAUACAGCUGAUAUUUCCCUUCAGAAUGCACCGACAUGGUUUAAGUGCCAUUAAAAAGAUGAUGCUAGGAUCUUACUUCUGAUGAACAUCUCCAGUCUUUUUCUAAACAUUUUAAUUAAUCUAAUUAAACAUGAAAUGUUUGCCAGCCACAAGGGGGCAGUAAAGACUCUUGUUACCUUUAAAACAAAUUAUUAUAUAAUUGCUUAGUAUAGUUGCUUAAAAUGUAAAGUUUUCACUCAGACCCACUAAUCAGGUAGUGCAGUUAAUUGAAUCUGUUGAUUUAUUAAUUUAUUAUGUUCAAAUAGUCAUGAUUUGUCCUAUGUUCUCACAGUGAGUGUUACAAAGGCCAUGCUGAUUGGUAAGCUUAUAAGGUGUGGUCUUAUUUCUUGUAAAACUAACUUUGGAACAGGCCAUGUUGAAUGCUCGUGGUCUUAUAAGGGCCACGAUCACUUGUAUAAACUAUGAUGUAGGUUAUUUGUGUCCCAGUUGAGCAGCAUGUUUUGGGAGAUUCAUUAUAGUCAUUUGUAUGCUGAGCAUUUUACAAGAAGUGAGAAUAGUCUCAGAAAAAAAAUAUUUUAUGCAUACAAGUGCAUCAUGAGCUUUUAUAACGAUGCAUUAUGUUUUAUUUAGUCAUUUUCCUAACACUGCAGGUUGAACUGAAGAGAUACAGUAACAGCAGAGCAGUAUAAACUGUUUCUGUGUACAUUUUACUGGAUUUAAACUCAAUUUCUCAUUGAAACACACACACAAAGGUUCUUCUUUCGAUAGUUAGAUCCUAAUUGUAACUGGAUCCCUCAUUAAUAGGGAUAAUUCAAAAAGCAUUUUUGGCCACAAGUGUGUGUGAAAGUUCCACCCUGUUCCAGUGUGGACACAGUCCUUUUAAUGCCUAAAAGGACUUUUGGUUAUUUCACUGUUGUGUCAUACAAAAGCGUUCAAUCACCUUGUUACAGGUGAAUGUUUAUCAGUCUCAGCCCCACCUUGCCGGGAUAUGUUUGAGUGUGCUAGGAUGUAAGCAGAGAUAUGGAACAAGUCACAGAGCAAAUUUUGACGAUACAAAACAUGCAAGACUAUGUUUCUACAGACAGUAGCAGUCAAAAGUUUGGACACGGCUUCUAAUUCAGUGGUUUUUAUUUAUUUUUUAUUAAAUAAAAGUCACUUCAUGUCUUAAAGUAGUGAUGGAUGUCGUUUCUCUUUAUUUAAUUGAACGGUUCUUGACAUAAUAUGGAUUACUACAGUUGUUGAAUGGAGCUAUUUACUGUAUUUUUAUUAUUAUUUACUGUUUGAUCUAAAACGCAUUAAGAAGGCAAGAAAUUGCACUAAUUAACUUUUGACGAGGCGCCUGUUAAUUGUAAAGCAUUCCAGGUGACUACCUCAUGAAGCUGGUUAAGAUAAUGCCAAUAGUGUACAAAGCGUCAUCAAUGUAAACGCUGGAUACUUUGAAGACUAAUAUAUGAAACAUUUGUGUUUUUUAACAAUUUUUGUUUACCACAUAACUCCAUAUGUUCUAUUUCAAAGUUUUGAUGUCUUCAGUAUUGUUCUACAAUGUAGAAAACAGUCAAAAUAUAGAAAAACCUCAGAAUGACGAGGUGUGUCCAAACUUUUGACUGCUCCUGUAGAUUCAGUGUAAUUCAGAUCUGCAGCUUGGUCUGCACACUCAGACUUUUGAUCUAGGAGUGGUCUAACAUUUGAUUCACUUCUUUAUGUUGUUGUUUUUUCUUUUAUGAAGAACAGGUCUUUAGGUGAAGGGUUCCACUUUUCUAACAGUACUGAAGGUCUGUCUAUCACCAUUCUGUCUCUCUCUUUCCCUCUUCUUCCCUUUGAGACCUGCAGGAGAAUCUUUGAGCUGGUCCCAUCCACACAAAGAAACCUUUUUAUGAGCACAAUAGCCCCAGGAAGUAAUGACCCUGGGGGCUGAGGUGAUCUGGACACUGGCACAGUUUAAUAUCCCUAAACCUACCCCCAUUCAACAUCGUUUAACCAGAGACAUUCCUGGUUAAAUUGGCAAAAAAAAAAGAAAAAAGUAUUUGUUUCAAACCAUAUUUCUUUUUAAAAUAAAAUGAAACAUUUUCCUUUAUUUUUCCCCAAAAAAGAAUAUACAUUGUAAUAGUUCCUUCAUCGCAAAGCACCACAGACCAAUCUGAAAUGACGUUUUGCAAUAGAUAGCAAUAAUAUUAGCAAGUUAGAAGCAGUCCAGUUUAUCUAAAUGUAUUUGCUAACUCUGUCAGUAAACCGUUUUAAAGCAAACAGACACUGUCUCAUAGAACAUUACAGUUGUCCAAAGUGACAGUAAUAUGUAGUGGUUUGUGAGUGUGCUGAAAACAUGGUUAUAUAUUGUGAAUAUUGUACAAUCGUAUCCCCGCUGGUUAUUUGGUAUUACAGUCUGUGAACAGCUUUGCCAUGGUGCCUCUUCGAUUGCUGGACUGGCACGUGGAAGGUGGAGCAGCAGAACCAAACAGCACCUGGAUGUUGUUGCUGAGUAGUGCUGAUAUAUACUGGUGGGAAGCUGGUCUUUCAAUCUUCCAGUCUGACUGUGGAUGUUGGUACAAAUGUCACAUUAACAUGUGAUAUCGCAAAUGCAUUUGGUCAGUGCUCCUCUGUGAGAUGGCUCCUGCACCAACAAGAAAAUGGCUUUAAGAUCUACAUGUCAGGCUUCAGGACAACCACCAGAAAAGCUUGGCAAGACGUACUAUGUAUACUGACGAUUUAUGAAGCCAGUCUUUCAGAUAACGGGACAUUUUAUUGUUUAUUGUUGAAUGAAGGUGUGGAUUAUAUGGGUAAUGGAACAACACUGACAGUCGUGGAUAAAACCAACAAGUACAAAGUGAACACUCAUGACCACAAGACACAAGACGACAAAAACAACAAAGAUUUACAACAAGUUAAGGAACAUCAGUGUUUGGUCCCCUUAGUUGUUUUGGGAGGAAUCUCACUUCUGAUUAUCUUGGGAAUCCUAGCCAUGUGCGCCUACCACAGAAGAGCCAUUUUGAUGCACCAGAGGGAAAAUAAUGCAUCACAGCUACAUCAACAAUCCUCCAGUGAGACACAUUAUGCUACCUUGCGGUUUGUAACCGGGAGACACGAGCAUGUUGCAAAAUCCUGAGCCUGAAUCUUCACUGUCAACCGUUAUUUUGGUUAAAUCUAACAUUUGAAUGGUCCUGUACAUUUUAUACAGUGCUUCAGCUUUUUUUUUUUUGGCACAACCCUUACGAAAAUUAACCAUGGUUUUACUAUGAAAAUUAAUCAUGGUUUUACUAUGAAAACUAACCAUGGUUUUACUAUGGUUUAUAGUUAUUCAUGGUUUUCAUGGUUUUUUGGGUAACCAUGAAAACCAUGGUGCAUUUUACCUCAAUGUUCACUUAAAUUUUUAGGUUCUAAGUAAAUGUUAAUGUAUCUGGGCUGUUAAUCGAGAUCCUUCUCUACAGCAUUGACUGUUGGACGAAAGCAUGGUAAUACUACAGUUAGUGCAUCCUUUUAAAAAAACCAUACUAUCUCUUUUUAAACUAAUUUCGUAGUUACUAUGACCUAUUACACAUACAACUAUGAUGCUACCACAGCUACUUCAGUACUAUGGAUAAACCACAGUAAUGCUAUGGUUGGUUCAUAGUACUUAGAAUCACCAUGAAAUACCAUAGUAGAUCCAUGGUUACUACCAUGGAUAAACCAUAGUAAUACUUGCCUGCGACCCUGUAGAAGGAUAAAGCGGCUUGAGAUAAUGAGAUGAGAUGAAUACUAUGGUUGGUUCAUAGUACUUAGAAUAACCAUGAGAUACCAUGGUAGAAUCAUGGUUACUACAUAAAAACCAUGGUAAAACCAUAGUAAACCAUGGUAGAUUUUCGUAAGGGAAUAAUUUACCAUAAAGCUUUUCAUAUAUCUUUUAAUGAACUUGUUAUUAAUAUCUGCACUGCAACUGAGAAGUAUUCAGUACUCGGUGCCAGUUCUGGAGGCUCCAUGCACCGUAAUGUUUCUUGCUUUCUAUAUUCCAGCAAAAAUGGUUUCACUCAAUGGGUAAUUAUAAAUCCCUUGAUAACUUGACAUUAUUGGAACAUACACACCGUACUAGCAUGUGGAAAAACAAAAAUCUACAAGCCAUGGGCUCUCUCGGACUUGAACUGUCCCAGGAGUGCUCAUUUACACUAUUACAUGUAACUUAAAUCUCAUACCGCUUAGUGAUUUGCUGUAACCUGCAAAAGGAUUUGUGUACUCAGGAAGGAUUUUAACCAGUGAUGCGUACACACACACACACACUUUGAUACGGCAUAUACCAGGGAUUGUCAAUUUUUUAAUUUUUUAUAAAAUAAUUAGUCUCAUUGCUUAAAAUUACAAUAACUAGGCUCAAUAUUACAAUAUUAUUACAAUAUUAUUGCAAUAUUUAAAUGGUUACAUUGUUUGGACCCAGAGAGAUUUUUUAUUUUUAUUUUUUUAAUUUCUGAACCCAUUCAAUUAAACCCAUUUAAUUCAAGAGAUCAGUAAAUCAGGCUAAUAAGUAAGGCUAAAAACUCAAUAAUAAAUAUAAUAACUUUGAUAAUGGUGGUUGUAGUUUCCAUCACUGUAACAAAAUUAGAAUUCAUGGCCUCCUGGAUAUGCUUCACACACCCCUGGAGAUCCCCAGACCCCACUUUGAGAGCUAUUGGCAUAUACAAUAUGAGCUGAGUCAAAUAAGUUGAAUCUUGGUUUUGACCAGGAACUCAUGAAUUGUGCAAGGCACUGGCCAUUUUUGUAAAGACAUGAGCUAUCAGGUCUAUCAGCCAGUUCCCCACUAGAAGGCAGCAGAUUGUCCUUCAUACAUAGAGCCGCUGAAGUACAUUGUCUCUAGAGUAGACUUACAUUUUUGCUACCUUUGAUCUGUGAUUUUGGUCUUUUGUAAUGGUCCUGAUUUUGUGUUGGCAUUGUGGGUUUUUAUUAAAAGAAGGGAACAUGCAAA